AUGGCAACUCACGCGCAUCAUCAAGAUCAUCGUUCGAUUAGUCAUGUUGAGUGUCCUUCAAGUUUUCUUGACCUGCCUGUUUGGAACCUUUGUUUCCUCGACUAUGAAUUCGGAUGCUCGCGCGCACACACACACACACACACAAACAAGGGUAAGCUAUCGUGCAGGCUUGGACAAAAUCAAGCUAUACCAAGCACCGUCAAUGAACCAGAUUAUCGUUUCUGCUUUCUUUUUACCCCUCUUUCCUGCGUCUUUUUCGUCUUGAUUUUCCUUUUCGUACCUCAAGUCUGUGUGAUGGUCCUGAAAGUUUGGUUCUGGUGA